AUGCUCCUGUCUGCCAUAUCUGAUCUACCACCUAGUAAUUGCUCCUCCUAUCAAAUGCAAGUUCGUCGUCAAAACAUCAACGGUCAGGUGUUGUCAGUCUGUGAUCUUGCAAAGCUUCGUACUGAAUUGCACAUGAGUUUUGGAGAUUGGCAACUUUUCAACACAUUCAUCACGUACCUUCGUGGCGUCGAAGUCAGCCUAGCCGAUCGGUCAAGAAACAGUCAGACAGCCAGUUUUGCAGGCGAUGCAAAAUCUUCCCAUGGAUCUUUGGCGAUCUCCUCGCCAUAUCCAUAUUCACAAGUCCUUGUCCCUCCUCCGUUUGUCUUUUGCAAUGAACAGUCACAGGGACGAGGAAAGAAUCUGUUCGAUGUACCUGUAUUAGUUCAACAGGUACCUGUUGAAAGCAAUGUAGCAAAUGCACGUCAAAACACGGAUCGUACGACUAGUGAUUUCUCCUUUGGUAGUGGAACAGAUGAAUUAGAACUAGCCUGGCGUCGCGAUGCCAAACCGGAUUCGUUGAACGGAAAUUCAAAAUAUCAGUACACCAGUAAGGAGUCAACAUCACGUCAAUAUGUCGGUCAAGGAAGCGCCAUCUGGAUGGAACCCAUUGAUCGACUUAGUAAAUCCACUCAUGAUCUUCGUUCCAUAAAUACCUCUAGACGACCGCAGAGGCGCCAAAUCGCGUCUAGAAGUGGAGAAAGACGCCUUGAACGGAACACUAGAAAGACAGAAAAACAAGUACCCACAUCACUGUUUCAGUCGGCAUCCAGUGCUUCGGAUCAUUUGGUUCAGAUGGUUCCUGCUUACAUCUCGAGAGCUCCAGAUUCCAGCGGUGUAAUUCCUGUAUGGUAUCCCACUCUUCCACGUGUGGGUGAAGCUAACAAACUACAACAACCAAUAAAAAUGAAUGAAGGAUACUCCUCUGAAUCCUCCAGUGCUUCCAUGGAUGGAACCUACGAUUUUCCAAGUGAAUACUCAAGUGGAGACCGCCAUAGUCAAUGGAGACACGUGUAUCUUCAAAUUUGUGGGUUUCUUUCCUCUUUCCCAUUUACUUCCUCUAGACGUCUGCAACCACAUGUAGAUCAACUCUUUGUUAAUUUAACUCUCUUCCGACUUUCUUCUUCUCAGUCAACUGUAUACAUGUCCACGCCAUUAAAACUGCUGGAGUUUGAUCAGUCUGUAAAUGUUUACAGUCUCACUUUGGCGGAUAAUUUAAGUAAAUGUCAAUUUUGGUUGCUGAUUCUCGGAAAUUACACAAAAAAUUUUAUUCCAUUGACUCUUUUUUGUGAUCAAAAGUCGCAAAUUUGUUUCAUCAAUUACAUUUCUUUCUCUUUUUCACUGUCAUUUGGAAUGCUAGGCUGUGUUACUUCCACACAGGCUCAUGCAAUUACUGCCUCUACCUGUGCCAGUCUUCUGUCGAUGGUGCAAUCAAACCUGUUGAGGAUUUUCUUCUCCAUUCUACAGAGUGUUAAAUUGUUUGUCAAGUGUACAUUCUCGACAAGUGAUUUGGUACAAAUGAUUAUUGCCAUAAGUUGUAAUACUAACGUUGGAAGGGUAGGUAUAUUAAGUAGCACCUUGUUCAAGCAAGGGAAAGAAAUAAAGGUUUUACAUUUUAUGCAAGAGUGUAAGGAAUUUUUACUCGAAUUUGUAGAGAUUUGUGCAGAAAAAUUUAGUUAG